AUGGCAAUAAUUCUCUGUGUGAACAGAGCAAUGACACGCACACAACCCAACGGUGAAACCUCUAAUAUGCCUAGCUUGGCAAAAGCUUUGGAGGCUAUCACAUCUGCUCUUCAACAACAGGGCGCUACUUUAGUGCAACAGCACGAAACGACUCUACAACAAUUAUUAGCGGCUAGGCUUAGUUCUGAAGCCAGUCAACGACAACAUGUGGAAGCCUUAAGACAACUAUCUGAGAAUGGCACAUCUGUAGAAGCUCAAAGGAUUCGGGAAUGGACCUUAGAAAACUUUCUACAACAUCGUCCACCUACUUUUAAUGGGAGGAUAAGUCCGGACGAGGGUGAUCUAUGGAUAAGAAAUAUGGAAAAUAUUUUUUAUGCGAAAAAUUGCUCAUCAGAAACUAGGUUGGCAUAUUCCGAGUAUCAGCUGUUCGGAGAGGCAAUACACUGGUGGGACAACAUGAAGCUAGUAUUACAAAGAGAAACAACUCAACCUCAACAACCGCCUCAACAGGGAAGGACUGACAAUAGACCACAAGCGAUUGGAAGAGUUUAUGCUUUGACGGGAGCAGAAGCUGCCAAAUCAGGUACCCUCAUCAUUGGAUGUUGUAGUAUAGCUGGUAGAGACUUGAAUGUGUUGUUUGAUUCUGGAGCGACACACUCCUUUUUGUCUGAAACUCUUAUUCAAGAGUUGAACCUACCCGUGAAAGAGCUGCAGUAUGACCUUAUAGUGUCUACACCGGCCUCUAAAUUGAUAAAAACAUCGAGGAUGUGUCCUCAAUGUCCAAUCAUUGUAGAAGGACACUAUAAUAAGGAGUUGAUUUUCCCUGAUCCUGAAGAAUCAAAGUUGUUGUCAUUACAACACGUGUUAAAAGAAGUAAAAGAAGGAUCUCCGUGUUUCAUUAUCUUGACUCAUGUGGAAAUUGAGAAAAAUGAACAAAAUCUUGAUAUUCCCAUAGUUAAUGAUUUUAGUGAUGUGUUCCCAGAAGAAGUACUAGGAUUGCCACCUCAACGAGAAGUAGAAUUUUCCUUCGAUUUAUUACCUGGAGCUGGACCAGUAUCGAUAGCUUCAUAUCGAAUGGCCCUAGCAGAGUUGGCAGAGCUGAAGAAGCAAAUUGAAGAGCUGUUGGAAAAACAAUUCAUCCGACCAAGCGUAUCACCAUGGGGGGCACCGAUACUGCUGGUGAAGAAGAAAGAUGGUAGCUCUAGAUUGUGUGUCGACUACAGGCAGUUGAACAAGUUAACCAUCAAGAACAAGUAUCCUUUUCUUAGGAUUGACGAUUUGAUGGAUCAGUUGCAUGGAGCCCAAGUAUUUUCAAAGAUAGAUCUAAGGUCUAGAUAUCAUCAAAUUUUGGUUAAAGUUGAAGAUGUACAGAAGACUGCUUUUAGAUCAAGAUACGGGCAUUACGAGUAUGUAGUUAUGCCAUUUGGGGUAACUAAUGCUCCAACUUUGUUCAUGGAUUACAUGAACAGAAUCUUUCAACUCUUCUUAGAUAAGUUUGUUGUAGUCUUUAUAGAUGACAUACUCAUUUAUUCCAAAAGUCGAGAAGAACAUGAUGGGCAUUUAAGAGUUGUGCUUGAGAUCUUGAGAGAAAAGAAACUAUAUGCAAAGUUGUCAAAGUGUGAGUUAUGGAUACAGAAGGUGCAAUUCUUGGGACAUGUUAUAUCAGCUUAA